AUGGAAAAAAGAAGUAUCAGCGGAAGGGACAUCCUAAGAAUGGAUGGUCUUUUGCCACCAAGUCGACGCUUGCCUGUCUGUGAUGCAGUGACUUCACCAGACAAAAAGAAAGAAAAAAAGUGGUCAAUUGGUGGAAUCUUAAAAAGAAUAUCAUCAAUCAGAGAUUAUGAUAGUUCCUCUAACGAUGAAGAAAUAGUAUAUUGUACAAGGCAACCAAGAACUCGCACAGUGUUUAAUCGAAAGUCACAUAAUGUUAUUCUUCAUCCAGUUGAAAAGAAUUCACAUCAGCAUUUAAAUAACGAUAAUCUAAAUGAUACUGCUACAAAAUCAAUGGAUACAGCAAGUUUACAGAGGGAUUCUGUACAUUCCCAUAGCAGUGAUGGAUCAUUAGAUGGAUUAAGUAAAAAAGCAAGAAAAAGUAAACUAAAGGCUCGAAUAGAAGCAAAGCGGGAUCGUAUUUGUGCAGACAGUAGUUCAGAUGAAGAAUCACGCAAAUCUUGUAAUUCACUUACAAGAUAUCAAAAUGACUCUGCUAUGCAGAGCACACAAAAGAAUGGUUCUUUCAACAGAAGAAGUCGUGCUGCACGUACAGAACGUUAUAUAAAACGUUUAUCCAGGGAUGAGGGCAACAAAUUUACAGAAAAUUUGAACAAUAUUGCAAACAAACGUAGCAGUCUUGACUUUAUGAACGAAGAACAAUCAUCAGUGGCUAUGAAUGCGAAUGAAUUAUGUCGAUCUUCACAACAGUCACCACGUUUUAACAAUUACUCUAACAGCAAUACUUUUCCUGUUCAAAGAUCUGUUGAAAAUAUCAGACAAUCUGGGAUGGUUGCAUCCAAUUAUCAAGCUAAAUCAUCUACCGAUCUCACAAAACAUCCCACAGGCCAAUACAUUACAGAUUUAAUGCAAAAUAAUACAUAUGCAAAACCAAAUGUUUUGCACAAAAGUAGGAAUUAUGCGAAUCAAGAGGAAAAUAAUUAUAUUUUCAAUUCGUCCACGGUUAGUACAAAUUAUGCCGAUCUUUACGAUUACACUAGAAAUCGUCAGUUUGCAAGUCGAAGUUCCUCUCCGCCUGAACCCCCACCAAGAGACCCCCGUUGCCGACUUUUUACUUACGGCUGUAAUUCCUUUCCAUUUAAUGGAAAAUAUCGUGUAACAAGGUACAACGAUAGCUUACGUACAAAAAUGAACGAUAUUCACGAAGUGACAAAAGAUCAUUUGAAAAGCAUAAGAUCCUACGAUUCGAAUAAUGAGAUCAGUUGGUGUGGAUCGACCAAAGAGUGUCCACGACGUCCAUUGUCUCUGACCAUGACUUCGACACAAUCUUGCAAUUUAUCAGAAUGUACGAAUAAUAGACACAAUUCAACCGGUAAACAUAUGAACAAGCCAAUAUCUAAGGAAACAGAAGCAAUGAAGUGUCAGAGGAGGAACCAUCGCAACGAUCAGCUAACAUCAAGCUUUAAAAACUACGAUAAUAAGAUACGUGAAAAUAGAUCAUCCACUACUUACAUUAAAAAUAUGCGCAAUAAUUCUGCCUCACCUACUUAUAAUAAGUCUUUAGAUUCUUCCCAUACGAGGUCACCGAUCAGACAAAUUACACGGGAAGAUACUUAUAACCUACUAAAUGAUACAUCUGUAGCGAAUAUAAGAGCGGAAAAGAAGGAAGAAAAACAAGUAACAAGUGAACAGGAUGCGUUAGAAAGGAAAAGAAGUUCCAAGAACUUAGAGGAAGCACUGUCUGAAUUAGAAGCAAUAUACAACAGUCUUCGUCUUGGAGACGAAGAUCUCCUUGAUCGGGCGGAACGACGCAGCAUGGAGGAAUUUAGUCUGCGUCAAGCAAAAACCACCGUAGUUCCUCUUAUUUCCGAAGAUUCAGCAGAUCGAACGAAAGACGAUAUGGCUUAUAGACGAAUGCACCCAAAGGAGAGACCCACAUCGUUGUCGGAAGUGGUCGGGCAAUCCGCGCUCUCUGAUAUCAGUUACCUGAUAGCCUCGCCCAUCUUGUCACGCAAAGACGCAACCGAUGAUUAUCUAUACACGACGAAUUAUCCGUCACGCCGAGACGAGCCUGAUGUGACACGCGACGAUGUAGUUUACAGGAGCAUUCAUCAUUCUAACAACACGUUGAAAGUGAUCGAGCCUCAACCGCCGUUUGGAAUACCUUUAGGGCCGGUGACGGCUGCCACUGAAAGCGACUACUUACACACCACACCAACUAAGCCAGAUCAUCCUCGUUCGCCGUACAUACCGCAGUGCGAGCCUGACAUUGUUACAGACGACUUGGCCUAUCGAACACUCAGGAAGGAUGCCAACACGGCGAAGAGCCCUGUUGAAAGUAAAAACAGCAUCGUCAGGGAUCAGAAAACCACUUUUGGUACGAAAAAGAAACAAGCGGUUAGAUCUUUGUCCGCCAAUUUGUAUGGUUUAAUUAAUCACGAUACGAUUCAUCUUCGAAGGGAGCCAAGUCUCCAGGAAAUCAAGGAUGAGAUGAGUAACACGAUAAUAAAUAUUAAGUCGUUACCUAUACGAACUGAUAGGCGCGUGGUAAGCGAUGGUGAACUUUCUGAUUACGACACACGAUGGCGUACUGAUAGUUUAUUGAAAAGCACUAAAACCGAUAUAAAUGGCAAUCAUCCAGUCACGAGUGUGCACAGGAAAAAAUUGCGUGUUUACGUUUCGCCGUCGACUAAGGUACAGAGUACUGAGGACAAAAACGAGGAGGACGCGAAAGCACAUAAUUCCAUGGAAUCUAAUGAUAUACUGUCGAAGGCUUUGAAUAAUGAAUUUUGGCAGGAUUGCGUGCAGACAAAAUUCAACGAGUCGUCCAAUCAAGAUACAGAAUUUGAUUUUAUGGCGUACAGCCGUUUAUGCCAAGACUUAGUCAAUUUGAUUGAGGGGCAGAAUGAUACGGACGUGAAACCGACUGAGGAAAUAGUUGAUGUUCGUUCAGAACUUUCUGCAAAAAUAGAUGCUUUAAACGAUAGUCAUGAAACAGACGAAUCCUCGGUUUUGCGUAUUCAGUCUUUAGGUAGUCAUUAUUCGGAGAACAAUGAUGUGAAUGGUAAGGAAAAUACAGACAAAGAAGAUGUAGAGAAACUAACGGAAUCCCUUGUUAAUCCUGAGAAUGAAGAUUCCGAGAAGACUGACGAUAAUACGUUCGACUUCUAUCUUCGUGUCGCAGACGAAAAUGUUAAACUAAUUGCGGAGGCGUUCAGCAGCGUGGCGGAUCACUUACGCGAUAGUCGUUUAAGCCAGAAGAAUUCGCUGACGUCGCACCGUUCUGAAAUAGAAACCGAUAGUACGGCGCCCAACACUAGUACACGUAGCUCCAUUACUUACAGUCAAGACGACACGAACGACGACUUGUCUAGUUCAUCAAGAACCACCGAUCCGUUGAAUGUAGUUCCUAAAGGAGAUACAACGAUAACUUUGAAAGAGGACCACAAUGUAGUGGAAACAGAAGAGGUGAAAAAUGAUUCGCAUAUUGACCCAGAACUCGAUCUGACCAAAGCAGUUCAUGAUUUACAGUUAGCAGCCGCGAGUUUAUGCAAGCAUGAAAAGGAAAUUGAAGAACUAGAGGCGUUACUGAAAAAGGACACAAGCAAUAAUGUUUCUUGUGCUAGUAACAUUGCGGUUAAGGAAGUUAAACCCUCGUUAAACAUUGAAAACAAUUUGGUGUUGCUGAACGACAAGGAACAAGAACGUAAUCAAGAAGAAACUGUAAUAUCGACCGAUGUUAAAUUACAGAGUAAUGAACGCGAUUCAAAUAGCGAAGGUGAGAGUACAGAAUGCAAGAAUAUUUGUGAACCAUCUGACAUCGCUCGUUCGACUGAAUUUCGUAUGUCUUAUGUUACUAACAUCAUAACCGUACUGAUAACUACAUACUCUAUGGUUUUGUUGGCUUGUUUUCUUGCACUGCUUUUAGCAUCUGUAGCAGCACCAUGACUGGCCUCUUAACGACAAAUGUCUUAAUGCAUUUUGUGAUUUCUCGAAGGUUUGAUUCGAUGCGUUAUCAUUAUAUUCGAGGCUAUUAUUAUUUGAAUC